CCCACCCACACACACCUACACACCGUUCCAGUUUCACUUUUUCUUGCUGUGGAAAAACUGCAUCAUAACGACUCAGUUCUUGAAUCUACCAAAUAAAAAGAAAAACCCCGAGGGUAACAUGGUUUGUUUCUGUGUUGAUGUGAUGCUCUCUCCGUUCACUUCCUCCAGUCAGGUCUUGUAAAAAAUAAUCUGGAUUUCCCUCGGUUCUGAAAUACAGCCCAUUUUGUUGCCACAGACCAUAAAAGGAACCCGUAUCUGCAGUUAGAAGAACGAAUCCUCGAGGUUUUACCAAACGUCUGCACAGUCUGAGAAGUAAAUACUUAAUUUAGAAAAUUACCCAAACCCUCUGCAUAUGUUGGUGUAUUUCCAGCUUUAUUUUGGUUUCAGACUUCUGCAACAAUGAAGCUGCUUUUAGCAGGAAUUGUUCUAAUUUUCAUGGCUGGAUCUGAAGCUGAUUGAUAUAAUUUUCCUGUUCAAGCUGCUCAAGGAGCUCAUGACAUGUGGAGAGCCUAUCAGGACCAAGAAACCAAAUGGAUUAACAGUGAUAAAUAUUUCCAUGCCAGAGGAAACUGUGACGCUGCGCAGAGAGGACCAGGAGGCUGCAGAGGUCAUCAGGUGAGAAAGAGUCUUCAAAGAGACGACGAAUGGACCGGUCAGGGUCAGGGUCCUGAAGACGAAGCUGCCGAUCAGGCGGCCAAUCGCUGGGGACGAAGCGGAGGAGAUCCAAACCGCUACAGGCCGAACGGACUUCCAGAGAAAUACUGACAAAUUUAAAAACUGCUGUUAAAACAUUACAGUGUUGAAGUCUGGGUGACCUCAGUUACAAUGUGUGGCAAAUUAAAAAUUCUUUUUCUCUCUUCCUUUUUCAGCUUAAAAGGAUCCAUGUCGGCCUAAAUGUGUUGCAAUUUUCCUUUUACCUAAGAAAUUGCUGUUUGUGAUACCCCAAAACUCAUAAUUACUUAAAAAAUUUCAAUCUUUCGUUAUAAUUGUCACCCUGGAGGUCGCCAUUUUUAAAAAACUAAAUAAUCGACAGUAUUAUUACUGUACUGUUUUUACAUCUAAGAUAAAUAUUUCCCAAAUAAGGUCUAUUUUUAUAACUACUCGUGGUUCCCUAUAAAACGAGAUCCUAAUGUAUUCAAGGCAGUUUGAUAUUUUACUCUUGCUUUAAAUAAACUAUUACUUCACAACGGACAAAGAUUUGUGAUAUACUCUCUAGCGCCCUCUACCUGUCACACAGUUAUUUCACUCCUGCUGUCAUGUUAGGUCUUUGUUUUUGUGUCGUUUUCUGCUCAGAGAACUGAUUUGUUUUCUGUUUUUCCUUGGAGAUUUGUGUCCUUGGAGUCGAGUUUGUGUUGGUUUUUAGCAGUUUCUACAGAUCACUACAUGAAAUUCAAUGUAUGGGAAUAUUACACAACAUUUCCUUUAGAAGAUAUUCUAUUUAAUAUUGAUAUUGUUGACAUGAAAUUUUAGCUUUUAAUCUGCCAAUAUGUGCCUGAACAUGAGCUGAGGAGGAAAUAAAGAUCUAAAGAAAACUGAACACAAAGAAAUGAGCUGAAACACGAAAACCAUGGGCGGUUUUAGACGGGGCCCGUUAGGGGCCACGGCCCCAAAGAACAGGUCCGGGCCCCUGCUGUGUCCCCUGGACUGAAGAACAAUUACAUUAAUUUCUUAUGAUUUGCGCUGGCACAGUACUUGGACUAAAUUUGUGUUUUAUCUUCACAGUUUUACUUUAACGGUGAAUUAAAUCAAAGUGUUACAGCAUUAUGAUCAGAUCAGUUUUUAUCUGCUAGAUCAGAAAUCUACAACAAUGGGUUUGUGGUUCACGUUGUAUAUUAAACAUUAAAAUAUUAAUCCGUUUGUUUAGUAAGUGUUGCAUGUAGAAGGCUGUGCAGCAUUAUUAGCAUUAAUGCAGUCGAGCCAAAUAAGGUCAAUUUUAAAGAUUUCCCCAGCAGGUUUUUGCUUUUCCACACGCACAUAAAAAGGCACGUAGACAGAGAGAUGGCUCCGAUCCUGCAGCUGUCAGUUUGCAUUUCGGAUCAGCAGCUAAUCUCCUGAACUUGCUGUAAGCCUCCAGUAGAGUUACCCACAAUGCAACAGGGAGCGACAGCAGCAGGUGGCGGCGGCACAAUCCCAUCCUGCUAGCCAAAUGUCACACUGACAUAGAGACGGCGCUACAAUGGGUGGCGCUCGUUCAAAUGGCCUCCCACCGUCAACAGAGCCGUCUCCAUGGCAACCUGAUCAACUUCAGUCUUUGUAAAGCAGCAGCCAUGUUGUUUUUAUCUCUUAACAAGCACAACCUGGAUCAUCCUUGACCCCAAACUCUCCCAUCGGUCUGUUACAUGAGGCUGAUGUGUUGCAUCCAGCGUGGCGCCCACUAAUCCCUGACACCUCUGCUGAAUCCCAGCCAGCAGCCAGCUGUGUCCGGGAGGAACGGACGAACCAAACACCGGACGCCGUUCCAACGGAGAGCAGCCUGCGAUACUCAGCAACGGUCAUAACUCAGGCCAAGGUUUGCUUGUCGCUGCGUCAUGAUUCCUACCAGAUCACCGCGUUGGCUGCAGCAAACAGGGCUGACGUCCUGACCCGAUGCUGCCUCCAGCUGACCAGCCCGCUGACACGCC